AUGCGCUCCGCACUGCGUCUCUGCGCGCUCGCCGCGCUCGUCCUGGCCCUCGCUGCGCCCGUCGCCCACGCCAUUGAGUGGUCGCGGUGCGAUGACAACCCGGACGUGUCCGUCGACAACGUGACGUUCCAGCCGGACCCGGCCAAGGCCGGCAGCGACAUCGACAUCCACCUCCUCGGCACGUCAGGUCUCUCGACGCCAGUGUCGGCUGGCACGGUCAAGAUAGUCGUCAAGUUCCGCGGGAAGUUCCAGGUCCUGGACGAGACGGACGACAUCUGCGACCGCACGACGUGCCCGCUCAUGCCCGGCCCCGUAGACAUCGCUGCGAAGCAGAAGCUGCCCCCCAUCACCCCACCGGGCGACUACGAGGUCCACAUGGUCGCCUCGGACGCCGACGGCGAGGAGCUCAUCUGCGUGGACCUCAAGUUCAACGUCUCGCCGCCCUUUGCGUCCACGGAGGACGACAUCCUGACGCACCUGUUCGCCACGCAGGCCGAGCUGGCGCGCGCCGAGGCGGACGACGGCGCCGCGGCGCAGAGCUGGCCGCGCAAGUCCGGCUUGUUCAAGCUGCCCGCUGCGUGA